UUUCUCUCAAGCCGCCGGUGGCUUCUGCCAGCGUUAUCGGUAUUCUGUGCGUUGGUUGCGUCGGCCAUUGGAAGUGCUGUCCGAUACUGUCCCGUUGGAGAACACUUGCUUCGGCGAAUACUAUAGCUGCAAUCCGCUUCUUCAGAAACCGUGCUAGGGAAAGCCCAUGAGUGUUUUGCAUGGAGAGUGGAAAGGGAUCUCAAGAGCUGGCUCUGGACUCUGGUCAGACAUCGACAGCGGCAGCUCUGCUGAAGGACGGCCUUGGACAGCUCAGCCUGGGGCCGGCAGACCCAGGGGCCCAGCCAGCUGAGGCCUCUGCCCCGGCUGCGGUGGCCACCUCCAAAGGCAAGGGUGCCAAGAAGGGCCAAGGAAAGAACGCAAAGGCCAAGCGUCAACAGCUGUGCCUGGCAACGUGCGAGCGGGGUCGGCUUUCUCUCAGCGACCCAAGCAACCUGCGUGCCAAUGCCUCCUCUGCUGCAACAGCGGCACGGUCGCCCCUCGCCGGCCGACACACGUCCGUGCCAGUGAGUGCCAGCCCUUCGUCGUCCUCGUCGGGAGCCGCCUCGUGGGGUCCCACUCGAGACCGGGCAGCCUCGGAUCCACGGCGAGGAGGCGGAUCGGCCUUGUUACCGCCAGCGCUCAAGGCACAGCACGCGGCUCACCGCUGCAAGCGCAAGGGGGGAGGCCCACCUCCUGGAAGCAGGUCAGAAAGUGGCUCCAGCCCACUGGCUUCCUCUCACCUCCGCCGGAGCCCCUGCAGUCCAUCAAGCGCGGCUACGCUCUCAGAGGGCUCCUUCCCCUCCAGUCGGCGAAGCUCUGAGACCCACUUAGCCUCUCCAGCCUUUGCAUCACAACGACAGAAGCCCAAGGAUCGUGCCACCAAAUACGAGGCGUACAUGCCCCUGUGUGAAGUGCAGCAAGCCCUGAAGAAAGGGGAGGUCGUGGAGGGGGUGCUGCGCAUCAACCCACGGAACUACGAGGACUCCUUUAUCAGUGCGCCGGACAGUCAGAUGGACAUCUAUAUUGGCGGUCUACAUGACCGGAACCGAGCCCUCAAUGGGGACCUUGUGGCUGUGAAGAUCAAGCCACAAGAGGAGUGGAAGAUUCUCUGGGACCGGAUGCACCUGUGGGAGCAGAAGACCGGGCAGAGCAUCCACGACGCCCUUUCAGGCAACAACAGUACGAGCGGAGGCGGCUCUCCCGUCGAAGACGACUCACUCUUCGAGGAGGAUGGCGUGGAGGUCGAUGGAGGCGAGUUGCCCGAAUCAUCAGUGCCUCCCGCAACCACCUGGGAUGGCUCCUCCCCGACCCCGGGGGCUCCCCGGCCUUCCGACACCAUCGAGGUGCUUGGCAUCGAGCGCCUGCUUGGCCAGGUCCAGGAGUACGUGCAGAAGCAGCGACGCAAUGGCAAAAGCCACCGCAAAUCGGGAGGCCCUCGCCCAGGCCGGCUGCCUAUGCCGUGCUCGCUGGAGGCAUCGUUGGCUCCACUCCCCUCGGCACUAGUCGCCACAACACUGGGCGGGGACCGACUACCAGCACCGACCGCUCCGCAGCCAGAGCCACAGCCAGAGCCGGAACAAGAGCAGGAGGUCAUCACUGUGGACCCCUGGGCCGAGACAGAGGACCUGGGCUCCACCAUGGUCUUCUCGCCCGAGGAACUGCUCGAGGUGCCCGAGCAAGAGCGCCACCACCACUCCUCAUCGCCUCCUCUGCGAGGGCGUGCGGUCGCCCCCGACGAACUGAGCGGCGAGGACGACUGGUCGUCGGACGCGGAGAGCACGGGCAGUGGGGCACUCGAGCAGCACCUGGAGGACAUGGCCUUCCUGCAGGCCUCCUUGGAUGCACGCAACAACAACGAACAACAGCAAGACGGGAGCGCACCGUCGGGCAGGGCAGGGGAAAGCGUCGCCGAGCGGAUUGGCCGCAGCCUCAACUCGGUGGCCGCCUCGAAGGUAGACGGCAUCAGCGUGCCACCUCUGCCAGGGCCCGCUUUGGAGCAGCAGCCACCGGACAGCAAAAGCGUAGCAGCAGUCAGCGGCUGGGGGCCCCUCACGUGGGGUCUCUCUCCCAGCGGGGACCAAGAAGGGCUAAAAGAGAAGCCUGCUGCUCCAGCGACAUCCGUACUCCCUCACGCAGCGCAAGUAGCUGCUGUGCAGGUGGAACCUGCAGUAGAGGAAUGUUGUCUUGUCAGCAGUCGCAAGGCCGAACGUCGGACUGGCGACAACAAGCACCGAAGAAGGCGUUCAUUGAAGAAGGGCAAGAAGAAGCAGGGGCCAGCUGCCAUGCGCAGGGGGCAGGGUUCGACACGUGCAGCCAAGGGCCAGUACGAGGGCCUCACGGUGUCCGACAUUCUGCAGCAUCCACUCGCCAAACGCUUUGUGCAGCGCACUGGAGAGGUGGUGCACAUCCUGGAGGCCAAGAACUCUAGGGUGACAGCUGGCCUCUUGCGGCAGCUGCAGGACCACAACCCUGCAUGGGUGCUGUUCUCUCCGAGAGACGCACGCUUUCCUCGCCUCAUGGUGCCCGCCCAGGAGUGCCCACCUGGCUUCUUUCAGCGUCCGGCGGACUUCACCCACACCUUGUUCCUAGCAGAGCUGGUCAAGUGGCUGCCGGACGCCACCUUUCCUAUGGGGAAGAUUCGUCGUCUGCUCGGCCCCGCAGGCAGCCUUGCUGUUGAGACAAAUGCCAUGCUCGAGUCGUACGAUGUGGACCACCAAGAUUUCCCGCCAGACAUCCUAGAUGACCUCGGGGUGAGCUCCGAUUGGAAAGUGCCUGAGGAAGAGCUGUCGGGACGACGAGACUUCCGAGAUGAGCUGGUGUUCACCGUAGACCCAAAGACGGCGCGGGAUCUGGACGACGCCAUUUCGUGCCGUCGGCUGGUCGUACCUGAAGGCGAUCAGCAGGAGCUGUGGGAGGUGGGCGUGCACAUAGCUGACGUGUCACGCUUUGUGCAGCCAGGAACGCAGCUUGACCAGGUGGCCCGGAAGCGGGCAACCAGCGUCUACCUCGUGGAGCGGGUGAUCCCGAUGCUGCCACGACUGCUGUGUGACAACCUGUGCAGCCUGCACCCGGGCGAGGACAAGCUGACCGUGUCGGUGGUGUGGACCCUUACGUCCGACGGUCGGGUGCUGAGCGAGUGGUUUGGCCGCUCCAUCAUCCGGUCGUGCUGCAAGCUGAGCUACGAGCACGCACAGGACCUACUGGACGACCCCGACCGGGAGCGGGCCCCAGGCGAGCUGCCGGAUGUGAUCGGCAAGCACACGGUAGCAGAGAUGGCCGAGUGCCUACGUGUUCUGCGCGGCAUGACAGAGUCCAUGCGCAAGCGUCGCUUCAGUGGGGGAGCCCUGCGGCUAGACCAAGUCAAGGUGGUCUUCUCGCUAGGGGAAAACUUUCAGCCCUAUGGCUUCUCCGUCUACGAACACACCGAGAGCCACCGUCUAAUUGAGGAGCUGAUGCUGUUGGCCAACAUGGCUGUUGCCCACCGGCUGUACAAGGCGUUUCCCGAGGAGGCCUUUCUGCGUUCGCACCCACCGCCCGACGAUGCCCAGCUGGUAGAGGUCGAGGCACUGUGUUCGGCCCAUGGUGUGAACCUCGACACCACCUCAGCUGGGACUCUGCAGGCCUCCCUGAAUGCUCUGGUGGGCACAGACGACGAGCUGUCACGUGCCAAACUCAACGUGCUCACGCACCUGCUCUCCAAGCCCAUGAAGAUGGCAGUCUACUUCUGUGCGGGGCGCCGAGAGGAUCCGUUCUCGUUUGCGCACUACGCUCUCAACGUGCCUCUCUACACCCACUUCACGUCGCCCAUCCGCCGCUAUGCUGACAUCGUGGUCCAUCGGCAGCUGGCGGCCGCCCUGGGCUGCGGACCUCCCGUGACAUGGACUGCUUCGGAGUUGCAGUCGGUGGCCGACCACUGCAACGACAACAAGUACAAGGCGAGGACGGUGCAGGAACUGAGCACAGACCUGUUCCUGCACGCUUUUGUGGAACAGUGCGGCUCACUCGAGGACCGAGCCAUGGUCACGGCCGUGCUCGAACACGCCUUCGACGUCCUGGCGCUCAGCGUUGGCAUGAUCAAGCGCGUCUACUGUGAUAAACUUGGCGUGAAGGAGUUCUCGCAUUCGACCGAGGGUGGCCGCAGUGCCAUUGAGCUGCGCUACCAGUCAUCUCGGUCUGCAGACGAAGUGGUUGUGGUCAACAUUGGUGUGUUCCAGCUGGUCGACGUGCUCAUCACUGUCGUGCCUAAAGAGCCGCUUAAAUACCAGGUUGUUCUCAAGCUUCCCCCUUACACAGUGCCCGUCGUGCCUGCAAAGAAGGAAGACAAGGACAGAAGGCACCAGAAGCGAUGAAAAUGGACUUCACUUUAAAUUCUGCCUUGCCUCUACUGACUAUCUUUUUUUCAUUUGCAUGGCUUUCUGCUUUUUUAUUCGACGUGACUACCGAGAUGUUUUUGACACUUCCUCUUUGGAACGGUUCUUUUGUGACAAUGCUUUUUUUUUUUUUGAGACUGAUGAACUUUACCUUGGGCUGCGCAAAAUGUGAUUAGGACAAUAAAAGACUUAUUUCAUAAA